AUGGAGCAAACCCAGCAGACUUCUGGACAGCAGCAGGGGAGGCAGCAGCCCGUGUACGACACGAGACAAGGUGGACACUACGGAGCCAGUGCCGCGCUUGCUGCACAAGGAUUUGCUCCGGUUGCUGAGCUCUACACUGGCACAUGGGCAAAUGUCAACCAAGGUUUGCAAGGGACGGCGCGUGAUAUCUUGACGACAUAUUGGCAGCACGUUAUCAACCACCUUGAAUCCGAUAACCAUGAUUACAAAAUCCACCAACUACCGCUGGCCCGGAUCAAGAAAGUCAUGAAGGCUGAUCCAGAAGUCAAAAUGAUCUCUGCAGAGGCCCCAAUCUUGUUUGCCAAGGGCUGUGAUGUUUUCAUCACCGAAUUGACUAUGAGGGCAUGGAUCCAUGCUGAAGACAACAAGCGAAGAACAUUACAGAGAUCAGAUAUUGCAGCAGCGCUGUCCAAGUCUGACAUGUUUGAUUUUCUCAUCGAUAUCGUUCCCCGCGAGGAAGCUACGUCGCAUGCGAAGCGCUCGAGUCAGGCUGCAGGUGCUCCAGCAGGAGCUGCAGGGCCUACAGCUGCAGGCCAGUUGCCGCCAACUCAACACGGUGUUCAGCAUCAUCCACAUCAUAUGGCACCGCCAGAUUAUGGUUCUUUGGGACAGCACCCUCUCCAAGACCAGGAAUACAGGCAGCAGACGAUGUAUGGGGGGGCGGUGCAAUCGGACCCGACAGCAGCAUAUGCCCAACCUCAAACUCAAAUGUUUGAGGGCAUGUAUACUGCUUAUCCUCACCUGCCCCCACAACAGGUACGGUUUCCAGGUUAA